AUGCGACCCUUCCGCACCUUGCGACUUCCAAGUCGCGCAACUCUACCCUCCCAGCGCCAGAAUGUGUGCCCAGUCUCCCACCAGCAGACAAACCUGAGGACAAUAAACACCACACAACGACCAAGUCUGUGCCGACCUCUGCUUCCAAACAAUGUCACCAAAACUACCACACGAGCCUUCGGCCUACCUGACCUAUCCUCCUUCCUCCCCAACAACAAUAACAACAACUCCCCGCACCGCAUCCUAACGGCCACCCGCAACCUCCCCUACCACCCAACUCUGCUAUACAAGGUGAUCUCCUCGGUCGAAGCCUACAGCCAAUUCCUCCCCUUCCUCACUGCGUCUACCGUGACAGCACGCGAUCCGGAAACAGGAUACCCAACACAAGCGUUCCUGACAGUCGGCUACGGCCCGCUCAGCGAGACGUUCACGUCGCGCGUGAUCUGCGAUGUGGAGAAUCUGACCGUGGAGGCUAAUAGCGGGGCCAAAUAUGGUAAAGAGGGACAGGGUGGACAGGCUAGUAAGAGCUCUUCGUCCGGGCUAAGUGGGUUCUUCCCCGGUGCGAAUGAGGGCCUUUUCGAGUACCUAACUACAAAGUGGGAGCUGGUGCCGCUUCCAUCCGGGACAACGGGCAGGCCGUUGACCAAGGUUAAUUUGGAGGUGCGGUUUGAGUUUCGCUCGCAGAUGCAUGCUACUCUUAUGAGUGCUGUUGAGGGGCAGAUGGCUGGGGUUAUGAUUGAGGCUUUCGAGAAGCGGAUACGGGAGGUUGAGGGUAAAGGGCAGUGA